AUUUGUGGCGGAAAGACAAGAAUUACUAUUCUUGCGUAGCUCUUUUUUAUUUUCUUUUUUUUUUUGCGGAAGUGUCGCCAGCAUCCGCGACUGUUUUCAGUUUUUUUCCUAGCGUUUUGGCUUUUCUCAGCUAGCAGUAUUUAGGGUACAACUCUUGGCCUCGGCCAUAUCAAAAAAAAAAAUAUAUAUAUACAUAUGUGAAAAAGUCGGCAACAAGUGUCUGCGAAAAAGUUGUGUUUUUAUUGACACAUGUAUUUUACAUUUUAUAAGACCCAUAAAUGUGUGCUUAUAAAUAACAAAUAAAAAAGUAAAUAUUUCAACGCACCCAAAAGACAGAGAGAUUGCGGUGAAGCUAGAGAGAGGCUAUGAAAUUUUCAGCGUGCGUGUGUGUGCCAUUUGUGGGUAAUUGUUGAUCAAUUGUCAUGUGCAAUAAGGUAAAAACAAUAACACCCAGCCAGAAUAUCAGCGAAUUCAGCAUCAUCAAUGGGAAGCAUUGCAAAAUCAACCAAGUGAAACGGAACCUAAUGAAAAUCGCUGAAAACAACGAGAUUACAGUGACAAGUGGCAAGUGGCAAACGAACUCUCUCGAACAAAGAUUGCUCGCCAUUCGACGGGUACAGUGAAUCGUCGUUGCUGGAAUUCAGCAAGUCGCGAGAUAUAUGUACAUAUAUGCAAAAAUGUUGAUGUGAUUCACUAAAUGAAACCAGCAUAAAAAUUAUAUAUAUGUUAUAUGUUAUACAAACAAGUCCUACGAAAUCCAAGAAAAUAACAACGACGAUAGCAAUAAAACAACGAGUUCAGCGAUAAGUUGAUAUUUCAAACACAGGCUUCUGAGAACCAAGAACAAUGGAAUGAAAAGUCGCCAAGAUCAAGAGCAAUAACAUUAAUAUUCCAAAGACCCAAAAACUGUAAAAGGUCGUCAAUAAAAUAAAUAUUCCUUAGACGAGAGAGAGAGAUAUCCAUGAAAAUGCCAUUAAAUCCAAAUAUCGCCCAGGUUCAAAUGGUUAAGAAAUGAAUAAUAUAACUACUGCGAAUCAAGUGCUGUGAACGGCAAAUUGAAACGUUCUAAGAAAGUGCUCCAUAAUUGAGGCAGGGCGUUGUCGAUAACCAACAUGGGACCUUAAUGACCUGAUGGAAUAUUUUUUAUUUAUUAAUAAAUGCCAGACAUUGGAAGUCUGCCGAUCUGUGCGGUGCAACUUGUGGAGCAUAAGGAUCGCUGUUUUUAGAUUUUGAUCUUGCUGAAGAGCUUGAGAACUGAAAUAUAAGUAAGCUGGAUUUAAACACUAGAAUAGAAAACAGAUUAGACUGUAUAGAGAAUCCAAAUUUAAGUCGAAUCGGAUUGGUUGCUGUACGCCAACUAAGGAUAAAGCAUACUGAACAGCAAAAAAAUAAAAUAUCAUUUGUAUUCUUAGCCACGUUUUGAUAUGAACUGGACCUAAAAAGAAGCCUAAUAAUUAUUGUCGUAAAAAUAGCAGAGAAUUGAUUACAAUCCUAUCAUUAUCAGACUGAUUAUAUCUGAACCCACCGAGCGAGAAAGCCAAGUUUGCACUCAAGACAGUAGUCCAUGCCACCCUUCGAGGAGGGGGAAAUCGAGACAGAGGAGCAGAUACCUCUAAGGCCGCCCCGACGCGCCAAGAAAAUGAAGUCAACGGACCAAGAGGCCGCCCCACCGCCGGCGGAGGAUCACGAGGAGGAGCAACUGCUGCCGCCGACCGGCGGAGCGGGUAGUCUGCGUUAUGCCCGGGCCAAUUUGAGCCAGAGCAGCCUGAUGCUGAGCCACCAGCAGGGCUCCUUUGAAUCGUCCACCGAGCGAACGGCGAGCAGUGAGACCCUGGAUGUAAUGCCGAUAUCGAGGCGCUACCAGGUGCAUCCGCAGCCGAAUCGCAUGGGGAUUCGGCAGCCAGCCUCGGCCUUGGCGAGCGCUCUGCAUGCCACUGCCAGAUUGGCGGCCAGUGUGGAUGCCUAUACGGCGGCGGCUACAGCCACAGCCACAGCGGCAACCGGCGACUACGGCGGCGAUUAUAUGCGCCAGCAUCCGAACCUCCACCAGCAGCAGCCCCUCACCCAGACAACCCAGCCCCUGCACCCCCACCACCACCAUCAGCAGCAGCUGGGCAAUCUGAGAGCGAGCCAUUUUGUGGGGUCGUCGCGGUAUCUCUAUCACAGCCAGUUCAAUUCGAAUUCGCCGCAAACGAGACGCUUCACUGCGCAGCGAGACGGCUCGCCAGCAUUCGCGGCUUCAGUGGCAGCAGCUUCAGCGGCGGCGGCAGCUUCAGCAGUAGCACCAAUAGCGCCACUAGCACCACUAGCCUCCAUAGCAUCGCCCCCAUUUGCGGCCCAGCCGCCGCCCUUUCAGUUGCGCACCUACCAACAGAACCAAUCCUACCGCUUUCAGCCACGCGGCCACCACCGCACCGCCAGCAGCAGCAUGUCGCAGUCCGGCGAGGAUCUCCACUCGCCCACCUACCUCUCCUGGCGGAAGCUCCAGCUCAGCCGGGCCAAGCUCAAGGCCUCCAGCAAGACGUCCGCCCUGCUCUCCGGAUUCGCCAUGGUGGCGAUGGUGGAGGUGCAACUGGAUCACGAUACAAAUGUACCACCGGGCAUGCUGAUAGCCUUUGCCAUCUGCACCACCCUCCUGGUGGCGGUGCACAUGCUGGCCCUGAUGAUCAGCACCUGUAUCCUGCCAAAUAUCGAGACGGUGUGUAAUCUGCACAGUAUUUCCCUGGUCCACGAAUCUCCGCACGAGCGUCUGCACUGGUACAUUGAGACGGCGUGGGCCUUCUCCACGCUGCUGGGACUUAUACUCUUCCUACUGGAGAUAGCCAUCCUCUGCUGGGUGAAAUUCUACGAUCUGAGUCCGCCGGCGGCUUGGUCCGCUUGCGUGGUCCUCAUCCCGGUGAUGAUCAUCUUCAUGGCCUUUGCCAUACACUUCUACCGCUCCCUGGUGUCGCACAAGUAUGAGGUGACAGUGUCGGGCAUCCGCGAGCUGGAGAUGCUGAAGGAGCAGAUGGAGCAGGAUCAUUUGGAGCAUCACAAUAACAUACGAAAUAAUGGCAUGAACUAUGGCGCCUCCGGGGAUAUUGUCUAGCACCACUAGAUCUAGAUCGAACGAAAAAGACAGCGGCUCAGGGCAAGCUUCAGAUUAUUUUAGUGAAACACAUAUUGUAAAUUUGUAGUUGAUGGAAAUUGUGAUACGCGGAAUUCAGUAGAUUUCUACUACAUAUAUAUAUAUACUUGAACUGUAUUGCGUGUGGAUCGAGUGCUGUGGUCCUUUAUUAUACACUUAUGGCAAUUACAGAGAACGGAUAUUGACAAUGAUAAAAGACCCCAAUUAAAGCAAUACUUCGGACCAACAUGUUCGAUGAAUAUUCCUCAUAAAUUAGCUCAUAUUUGUUACAUAUUUAUAUUGCGUGUAUUUUAAAUUGUAUGCCGUAUUUUUUGGAACCAUCCUAGGCAGUCUUCCCUUUUUACGUUUAAGAACAGCUUGGACACAACUCGUUUGAUUGUCUUAGCCCCUAAUUUAAUGUUAGGCCAAUUGUGUAAGCGAAACCGCGCUGUAAUUUAUACUGUAUAAUUUAUGAUUAAAAGAUUUUUCUAUAAA